AUGGCUGGCGCCGAUGCAGAGGAGCAAAAGUACCAGGACGAGGUGAAGCAGCUGCAGCAAUGGUGGUCGGACUCGAGAUGGCGGUACACGAGGCGUCCGUACACUGCCGAGCAGAUUGCUACUAAGAGAGGCAAUUUGAAGAUCGAGUAUCCGAGCAAUGCUAUGGCGAAGAAGCUCUGGAAGACUGUGGAGAAGCGGUUUGCUGAACGCGAUGUGAGCUUUACCUACGGCUGCUUGGAUCCGGUAAUGGUCACGCAGAUGGCCAAGUAUCUCGACACUGUUUAUGUGUCUGGCUGGCAAUCUUCGAGCACUGCUUCGGCGACCGAUGAGCCUGGCCCAGAUCUUGCAGACUACCCUUACGACACUGUCCCGAACAAGGUUCAGCAUCUCUGGAAAGCCCAGCUCUUCCACGACCGCAAGCAGCGUCAUGAGAGGCUCAGCGCCCCUGCCUCAGAGCGCUCCAAACUCGCGAACACCGACUUCCUGAACCCCAUCGUAGCCGAUGCCGACACUGGCCAUGGUGGUCUCACGGCUGUGAUGAAGCUGACCCAACUCUUUGUUGAGAAGGGCGCUGCCGGCAUCCACAUUGAGGACCAGAUGCCAGGUACCAAGAAGUGUGGACACAUGGCUGGCAAGGUCCUCGUCCCCAUUAGCGAGCACAUCAACCGACUCGUCGCCAUUCGCGCGCAAGCGGACAUCAUGGGCACCGACCUUCUCGCCAUUGCCCGUACUGACUCCGAAGCCGCGACUUUGAUCACCAGCACCAUUGACCCUCGCGACCAUGCUUUCGUUCUUGGAUGCACGAACCCAGCGCUCCAACCGCUCAACGACUUGAUGAUCGCCGCCGAGCAAGCCGGCAAGAACGGCCCAGAGCUGCAGGCGAUUGAGGAUUCCUGGAUGGCGCAAGCGGGCCUCAAAUUGUACUCCGAGGCUGUCGCAGACACCAUCAACGCCGGCGUACACGUCGACAAAGCAGGCAUGAUUGAGGAGUUCAAGACAAUGUCCAAGGGCAAGAGCAACGCCGAAGCUCGCGCGAUUGCAAAAGGUCUGACGGGCGUGGAUGUGCACUUUGACUGGGAUGCCGCGCGGACGAGGGAAGGGUACUAUCGCAUUCAGGGCGGGUGCCCGUAUGCUGUGGUUCGCGCGAAUGCCUACGCGCCGUAUGCGGAUUUGAUCUGGAUGGAGAGCAAGAUGCCGGACUAUGCGCAGGCGAAGGAGUUCGCGGACGGUGUGCACGCUGUGUGGCCGGAACAAAAACUAGCCUACAACCUCUCCCCCUCCUUCAACUGGAAAACCGCCAUGCCCUCCGCCGAGCAAGAAACCUACAUCGCGCGCCUCGCCGCCAUGGGUUACUGCUGGCAGUUCAUCACCCUCGCCGGCCUGCACAGCACCGCGCUCAUCUCCAACGCCUUUGCGAAGGAUUUCGCUAAGAGGGGCAUGCGGGCGUAUGGCGAGACGGUGCAGGAGCCGGAGAUUGAGCAGGGGGUGGAGGUGGUGACGCAUCAGAAGUGGAGUGGGGCGGAGUAUGUGGAUGAGAUGUUGAGGCUGGUGCAGGGGGGUGUGAGCUCGACGAGUGCGAUGGGGAAGGGGGUUACUGAGGAUCAGUUUAAGAAAUAG